CAACUCAGGCACGAGAACCUGGUGAACCUGCUGGAAGUGUAUAAGAAGAAGAAACGGUGGUACCUGGUGUUUGAAUUUGUGGAUCACACAGUCCUGGAUGACCUGGAGGCCUUUCCACACGGGCUGGACUGCGGCCGCGUUCGGAAAUACCUAUUUCAGAUUAUCAGGGGAAUAGCAUUUUGUCACAGUCACAACAUAAUCCAUCGGGAUAUUAAGCCAGAGAACAUACUAGUUUCCCAGUCAGGAGUUGUAAAACUGUGUGACUUUGGAUUUGCCAGGACUUUGGCAGCUUCUGGGGAAGCUUACACAGACUACGUGGCAACCCGAUGGUACAGAGCUCCAGAGCUGCUGGUGGGAGACAUCAAGUAUGGCAAGGCUGUGGACGUGUGGGCUAUUGGCUCUCUGAUAACAGAAAUGCUUACAGGAGAGCCCCUCUUCCCUGGAGAUUCAGACAUUGACCAGCUCUACCAUAUCACCAAGUGCCUGGGUAAUUUAAUUCCUAGACACCAAGAGUUAUUCUAUAAAAAUCCCCUCUUUGCUGGCAUGAGGUUGCCUGAAGUGAAGGAGGCUGAAUCUCUGGACAAAAGAUAUCCCAAGCUCUCUGCUGCAGUGCUGGAUUUAGCCAAGAAAUGUUUGCAGAUUGAUCCAGACAAAAGACCAUCCUGUGCUGAGCUCUUGCAGUGUGACUUCUUCACCAAGGAUGGAUUUGCAGAAAGAUUUACUCAGGAGCUUAAAUUAAAGAUUCAGAAAGAUGCCAGAGAUCAUCAAUUUAAAAAAAAGCCAAAAAUCAGCAAAAGGGACAAAGAUGACAUAUCAGAAGAAAGAAAAAUACUUGGUGUCCAGGAGUUCAGCAUUGACCCGAAGAGCAGGGAUAGGAAGCCCUUGAAGGCCAAGCACUCUAAAGCUGAUGCAGAGAAAGCAGAGAGGUCCUCCAACCUGAGCUCCCUCCUUGACACUGCCAUCAACCCCUUGAAAAUAAGUCCUCACACCAGCCUGAAAGAUUCCAGCAGCAGCUUGGACUACACCAAGAAUGCAGGCAUUGUUAUCCCUCCCAUCAACCAGAACUUUUCUCCCACUACAGCUGGGAUGGGGCCUGUGCCUGGGAACCUUAAUUUCAGAGUUGAUGAAAAGAGUAAAAAAUACUUGAACCCAUUCCUGAGGACACAGAAGAAUUCUCCAGCAGGGCAUUACAGUGUCAGCCUGACAUCAGUCACUAAUGAAAAGAACAUCCUGGAGGCAAACAGGAAAAGAUGGGAAUUCUCCAAGACCGACGUGCGUUUGCCAGAGCUGAAUCACCUCCCUGAGCUGAGAGGAGUGGAAGCUUGGCAUCCCAGGUUCCUGAAGAAGGAGAAUAAAACAGCUGCAGAGUCCCGUGUCCCCUCCCUUGCUGCUAUUGAGCUCCAUAACCCCAGUCUGGCCUCACAGCAGCUGUCAGGGACCUUAAUGCCUGAUCCAGCAGAAUCCAGCUUCCCCAGGGUGGAGCACUAA